UUAACUCAAAAAGCGCCGGAAAAAAAAUUAUAGAAAAUUAUAAAAUAAGGUUUUUUCAAGCGAUUGUGAAAGAUUGGGGAAUUAUUUGUCAUUAAUUAUGGGCCUUUUGGAAGAAAGUACGUGGGGUGCAGAAAAAAGCGGCAAGAGCGUAGUAAAAAGACUUUCUCAGAAACGCAGGGAGGAGUGCAAACGAAAAUCGAAUAUUUUAAAUCCAAAGAUCAGCGAUCAAAAAACCAAGAAAAAUAAAAAAAAGAAGAACAAAAGCAAGACCGAUUUUCAGAGUUUUAUUGAAACUGGAGAGAAAGAAUCUCCUAAAAAUGUGAAAAAAGUGCAAAACUCAGAGAAACAGUCCAAAAAUAAGUCAUCACAAAAUAAUAUAAAUUCUCCAAAAAGUUCAAAAAAUGUCAAAAUGGGGAAAAAGUUCUCCAAGACCGAUUUCAAGUCCAAGAAAAAACUGAAAAUAAUUCAAAGCACGGAAUCAUUAAAGAAUAAAUCAAUUCAAGAACAAGAAAUAAAUAGGCAAUCGAUUACUCCUUUGAAAGUAAAAAAGAGGAAACAACCCGAAAUUGAAGAGGAAGUUGAGCAAGUUACGAAAUUCAAAAAGCGCAAAAAGUCCAAAACCGAAACUAAUAAAAGCUCCAAUUUCACAAUCGAAAUAAGUAAAAAUUUAGAAAGUAGCAUUUCGGAAGGAACACCCAAAGUUUUGAAAAAUAAGAAAAGAAAGAAUAAAAAGAAAACACAGAAUGGAAAAAUUAAAAUUAAGCAAAAUUUGAAAUCUCAAAAACAAAAUAAUGAUUCGGUUAAAAAGAUAAGUAUCAAUAAAAUACAAGAAAUGAUAAAAAAUAAACAUCAUGAGAUCAAAGAAAGGAAACUUGAUUCUUCUUUGACUUUGAGGGAAAGAAUGUUAGCGCAUCUACGGUCUUCAAGGUUUCGGUUUAUAAAUGAAUCUUUGUAUAACAGUGAGAGCUCUGAAUCAAAAGAAUAUUUCAAAGAAGAUCCUGAAGCUUUUGUAGCUUAUCAUGAGGGAUACAGGCAACAGGUUGCUCACUGGCCUCUAAAUCCAGUUGAUAUUAUUAUUGCUUCCAUUAAAAAAAUGCCAAAAGAUUACAUCCUAGCAGAUUUUGGUUGUGGAGAAGCAAAACUAGCGAAUUCAGUUUCGCAAACAGUCCACUCGUUCGAUUUGGUGGCGAUGAAUGAUAAAGUCAAAGCAUGUGAUAUGGCCCACACUCCGUUGUUGACAAAUGGAGUAAAUGUUGUUGUUUUUUGCCUAUCUCUAAUGGGAACUAAUCUCGCCGAUUAUUUACUUGAAGCGAAUCGAGUUCUUAAAAAAGGAGGAAUAAUGAAGAUCGCAGAAGUCGAAAGCAGGUUCGACAAUAUCGAGAAUUUCAUUAAUUUAGUCAGUUGGUACGGAUUCGUGAACACUUGGACAGAUUUUUCAAAUGAUCUUUUUUAUUUUCUAGACUUUAAAAAAGAAAAUGAUGUUAGCAAAGGAAAUAAGAAACUCCCUGUAAUUGAGCUCAAAACAUGUCUUUACAAAAAGAGAUGAUUGUUGUAAAAUACUAUAGACGCGAAUAUAAUUAAAUAUAUUAUACAUUCCUAUA